AUGACGGUAAUCACGAAAGCGAUCACUGAGAAGAAGGCGUCCGACAAAAUGGAGCAGCCAUUGUUUGUGGAGGAAAACGCGGCGGAUGGUGCAAAAGCUGAUCCUGAAGCAGGACGUUCAAAAACAGAUGCGGUCCCCAGAAGCCGUUGCUUCAUUUCUAGAACAAGCAUCCACCGUAUACAUAUGGCGACAACAUUUUUGCUCUUUCUUCUUGCAUUAUCGAUACUGCUUAUCGGCAUGAUUGGUGGGCUGUAUAUCUACAAACAGUAUGCCAGGACUCAGAUGCGCAGAUUCAGUACUGGAUGGUACAGCAUUCCAUAUGAUAGCUCGAACAAAGCAUCCUAUGGCAAUAACGCAGUUCAUCAGGGACUUUUGGCUGAUUCUGACCUGUUUACCAAGAGUCUCACCAGAGCCAUGGAGCAGGACGCUUUAGAUAUUGCAAGGCACAUAGAUCAUGAUAUUAAUAAUUUCUUUAAGGAGAGAUUUGAGAUUGAUCUUGAGAAUGAGCAUUAUGAGAAAAUUGAUGUGCCUGAUUUUCGCGGUGGACGACAAGGUCGCUUUAUACACGAUUUCAACAUUAAUAAGACAGGUAUUAUAGAUAUUGACGGUCAGUGUUGCUUUGUCAUGCCACUGAAUCGUCAGCGCGUAUUGCCACCUCGUAAUAUGUAUGAUCUCCUUAGAAAAAUGUACAAUGGUUACUAUGAAGUGAACACUGCAGUCGUACGAGAAACUAUGAGAGUAGUCACGCCGCCAAUUACCGAUAUGUCGAUCGUUGGAACAUACAUAGCACGUGAAUGCCAGGAUUUGCCUACUUAUAUGCUGCAGAAAGUGAAUUCUUCUAGUAUUGUAAAACGCAGUACAUCAGUACAGACCGGAGUAUUCGGACAGUUUGCCGGCAAUAAUAUCUUGGAAGUCGAUAUUGUGAAUUUAGAAGACUUCGAAUGAAAUUAUGAGAAAUCGAGAAGUGGGAAUUUUCAAUUAUUCUAGAAUAUUAAAACCACCAGUAGAUCAAUGUAUAAAAAUUAUAAGCUGUCCAGGGCAAGCUUAGGUAAAUAUUCCGUCGAAUUUAGAAUUAUUACUUUGCAUUUUAUUUGUGCAUCAAUUAAUUUCUCAUUCUUGACAUUUUUCUAAACUAUAUUUCAACUACAUUUCCCAUAUUUAUCGAGAUCUUCUUUGUAAGUCUUUCCAUUUCUAUUAGUUAUUCCAUUUUCUAUUAAUUUUAAAUGAUAACUUUACGUCUAUUUUUUCAGUUGCACUUCUUGCGGUUCAUCUUUUCUCUCCACGUUGCAAAAAAAAAGAGAAAUGAUGAACCGUACAAGAAAUUCAGCUAAAAAGAACAGGGCUAUUAUAUAAUGCUAAUACACAAUUUGUUAUUAUCGAUCUGUAGUAUAUAAUACAUCAUAAGAAACUCCUCUAUAUCAUGAGAAGUUAAAUGUGAACGACUGAAUCACUAUUAAAAAGAUGCAAGAAGUUUUAGCAGGAUGGUAUAUUGUCUGCUGGAUCAUAUAGGAAAAUUAAUAUUUCUUCCAUAUUCUUGUGGUAUGAUAUUCAAUUUAAACAGAUAGCAAGUGUUACGCCAUAGUAGUAAAAUGUUUAUUAUUAUGGAUUCUGGCACAUAGCUUGUUGACUAUAUUUAUGAAUGUCUGCGUUAAAAAAACGAUAAAAUCAGUAGAAUAGCCGUGCACUAAGUGGUUGCGCUUAUGAUGCAGUUUUACGAUACGUUAUCAUUAGUAAAACUAUAGAUAUAUUCAUUUGUGAAUUCUAUUUAAAAAAUCUAUCGCGUUAAUGCUUGUGUAAACACAGUAAGCUCGAGGUAUAAAAACACGAAUUAUUGAUAUUGCGAAACUGAAAAUAAUUUUUAAAAUGUGUUUCGAGAAAUAUAUUGGGUUUGCAAUUGUAAUUAAUAUGUAAAACAGAUUAACAUUCAUAAGAUUACUGCGACUAUAUAAAUAUUUUUACAAUUUCAAUUGAGAAAAAAAACAGAAGUUGCAGAGUAACCAAUUCAAGAGAAAAAGUCUUGAUGUUUGAACAUUCCAUGUAAGACAUGCUUAUCUCUUCUGCAUUUCUAAUCGUGUUACAUACUUCAAUAAAUAUUAAUAAUACAGUAUCGUAUUUUAAAUACGUUUUAUGCAUACCAGUUCAUUGCCAAUUUAUCAUGAAAACUGGAAUUAAGAAUCAGAAACUGGAAUAAAGAUCGUGAUUGAAUGCAAUUUUGCCAUUAGUUUAUUUUCGUGCAUUGUCACGCACAUACAAAGAGAAAUUAUUUUUAGUUUUUUUAAACAUUUUAUUAUAUAUUCGCGCGUACAGCAUUUAGUGUCGGCAAACGUAUUCAGGUACUCGGAUGUUCAUUAGUCUUAGACUGCGUGCUAUAGAUAUUCUAAUAUUAACACUUUUGUGAAAUGACUUUUUAAGUUUUUUCAAUUCAAGAUACUUUGUAAUGAAAAUAAUAUGCAAAUAAUAAAUGACCUAAGAUUUUAGCAUAUUAAAAAGGAAAAAAAUUCUAGAAUGUUUAUGAUGGAAUAUAUUUAUUACAAAAUGAUUUUUAUAUAAAUUAUUGAAGUAGAUAUUAAAUGUAAUGUGUAAUUAAAAAUAUUGUGCCUCGUUUCAAAUAUCAGAUUAGGAGAAUUGAUUUCUUUAAAUUUAUAUAAAAAAAAACCAUUUUGUAAACAAACCGAAAUAAAGGGAAUAUGUAUUAAUGUCUGCACAGAUAUCAUGUUAUGGACCGAGUGCCUGAACACUUAUAAUAAUUCUGUAUUAGUUAUGUACUGUUACUUGUAUUAUCAACUCCAAUAAACAAACACGCAAAUAUAUAAGUAUGCGGUACGUAAACACCGUUUUAAAUGUCCGUAGACACGUAGAUUAAACACUGGUGGCAAUAAAUAGCGUAUUAGUUAGUUCCACCACUUUCCGAGUGGGGAUGGAAAUGCAAAAUAUCUUGUUAAUAUCAAUUAACUUUUGUUUAAUUCCAUGAUGACGCGUAAUUUUGUCUGCGCAUUUAAACUUUAUUAUAGAAUUGUUACACGAUUCUCUGUCGUUUCGUGUGAUUGUAGUUAAGUUCCUAUAGUCACUAUUUCUGUCUUCAUAAGUUUUGACAAGUUUCCUUAGCUUUAUGGCGUUAUAAAAAACCAAAUUUAUAAAACUGUACGCGAAUAAUUGUAAAGUCUGACAAGAAAAUAAAUGAUACAUAUAAAUGUCAGUGUCAGUGCA